AUGGGAGAGUCAGAAGAAGUGAAACUGUUGGGAACAUGGUACAGUCCCGUGGUGUUAAGAGCAAAGAUCGCUCUUCGUCUCAAAUCGAUCGAUUAUGUUUACGUUGAAGAAGAUCUAUUCAGUUCCAAGAGUGAGCUUCUUCUCAAAUCGAACCCGAUUUACAAGAAAGUCCCGGUUCUCAUCCACAACAACAAACCGGUCUCCGAGUCUCUCAACAUCGUUGAGUACAUCGAUGAGACCUGGAACUCAUCUGGACCGUCCAUUCUUCCUUCCCAUCCCUAUGAUCGUGCUCUUGCUCGCUUCUGGUCUGCCUUCGUCGAUUACAAGUGGUUUCCAGCUUUCAGAGCGGCAGUGAUCACCAAAUCGGAAGACGCAAAAGAGAAAGGCAUGAAAGAAGUAGAAGAAGGGAUAUUGCAACUCGAGGAAGCAUUUGUUGCUAUAAGCAAAGGGAAACCCUUUUUUCGUGGCGAAGCGAUCGGGUUUAUGGACAUUUGCCUUGGAAGCUUUUUGGUUCUCUUGAAAGCUAGAGAGAAGCUUAAAGGAGAAAAGCUUUUAGACGAAUUAAAAACUCCUUCUCUUUGUAAAUGGGCUGACAAAUUCUUGUCUGAUGAGACGGUGAGGAAUGUGGCACCAGAGAUCGAUAAAGUCGCAGAGUUUCUAGGAGAGCUUGAAGCUAAAGCUCAUUCUGCGGCUUCAAAAUCUUAA